UCGACCGUAACUGAGUUCAGAGUGUUCUUUGUGGCGUGUGAUAUCUUUCGUCUUGCGACAUUUGUCUACGCUAUUGUUUUGGGAUGGAGUAUAUACCGCUUAAGCAAGAAGAUAUACCUUUAAGUACGAAUGAGAUUGGCGGGUCCACCUCCGUCCUCUCUUCCUCCGAAAUAGAGGACAGCAUGCAAGAGGUUAAAAUACAUCCGAAGGGAGCCACAGACGGCGGUGAAAAGCAGUUUUUACUGAAGCAUGGCUGGCCCUUCCCCGAUAUGACGAAUCCUCCGCUGUCUUUUAGACUAAGGAGUGCCAUCAUUAUUCCUUUGGUGGGGACGUUCAGCAAAGUUCUUAUGAGUAUCUUAAGAUUGCGGGAAUUAUGGAAUGCAAAGAAAUUACGAUGGUCUCCAGCAGCGCACGACAUUACAUUUACGAAACGCUUUCAUAGCUGGUUUUUCAGUGCGGGAAGAUGUGUGCCAAUUAUCAGAGGUAUUGGCGUUUAUCAGAGAGCAAUGGACUUCUUGCUGGACAGACUGAAAGAAGGUGAGUGGGUGCACAUAUUCCCAGAGGGAAAAGUGAACAUGACACAAGAACAUAUGCGUAUUAAGUGGGGUGUUGGUAGACUUAUUUAUGAGUCUCCUGUGUGCCCAAUUGUUCUUCCAUUUUAUCACAUAGGAAUGGAUGCAAUUCUUCCAAAUAAAGCUCCCUACAUACCCAGAGUAGGUAAAAAAGUUACAGUUUUGAUUGGAGAACCCAUGGAUUUUAAAGAAAUCGUAGCAGAAAUGAAGGCAAAGCAAGAGGAUCCAACCACAGCACGGAAAAUUAUAACAGACAAAAUUCAAGAAGAAAUUUGGAGAUUAAGAGAGCAUGCUGAAGAACUACAUGAAAAAAUGCUACAAGGUAGAUGUUGUUAGCACAGGCUGAAGGCAUGGACAUUUUAAAAUAUCUGAUACAUUUAUAUGCUUUUUAUAAACAGUUAUAGCUCAUCAAAAUGAUCACUCUAACGUCCAUCGUAAUUUUUAACGAACAUAUAGUCAGUCAGACACAAUAAGAUUACUAGGGUGUGGUUAUUAUUAUUAUUAUUAUUAUUAGUAUUAUUAUUAUAAAGGAUUAGUUUAUCCAGACCUCUGACUAGGGUGUGGUGAACAAGGAAUUCCAGUGUUGCUAAACUUAUCAUUGUUAUGAUAAAUUGUGCUUUGCAGACCCUUCUCAAGUGAAGUUUUCUAAACAUGUUGAAUCUAAACCUUUCGUAAACCAAAGAAAGGUGACAUAGCGUUUUGACAUGUGCUACCAAACCUCAUUUUCUGCAACACACGGUCAUUUAAAAUGUUAGUGGUCACUUUACUGGCAUAAUCUUAAACCACCCAUCUACUUGAAGAGCAAUUGUGCUCAAGCUGACAUUGUUCUGGUCAAUAUGAGAAGCCAAAGCUCCCCACCACCAGUAUCUCCACUCUCAGAUCAAGGAAAGUAGAUUACAACAGCUUCAGUUUUUCAUUUAAGAAAAGCAGCAAGGUCAAAACUAAAGUUCUUGUACAGCUGAAGCAACAAAAGUUUUGGAAAUGCCUAUUAAUCAAAUUGGCAAAUGUGAAAAUGAGAAAUUCAGAAAACUGAAUUCUGUAAAUAAUACUAAUAAAUGUUAAAGGAAAAAUAAUUUAUAAAAUUGCUUUAAACACAGACCCACAUAAAACCUGAGUGUUAUUGUGUGUGUUUUACAUUUCAAUAACAUUAUUAUUAUUAUUAUUAUUAUUAUUAUUAUUAUUAUUAUUAUUAUUAUGAUUAUUAUUAGUAUUAUUAUUAUUAUUAUUAUUUAUUAUUAUUAUUAUUAUUAUUCCUAAAAGCACGCUGCAAUGAAAGAAAAAUUUCACUGUUAUUUCUUAAGAAAACACAAUACGUAUACAAUGAAUGAGGUCUCAGGCAAAACCAUAAACAAGGGAUUAAUGUUUAGAGAAAGAUUUAAAUGGCCAAAUACUUACCAUGCUGUUUUUUCUACCUAGUAACACCCUAGUGAUCUUAGAGUGUUUGACAUCUUAUAGGCAACUUGAAAUUUGGGCAUAUAUGUAAUAUGUACCACUGAGGAGAGGCUUCCAUUUUUUACAAGGUUGAAUUGUGCAGUUUGCUUCAAUACUGUUUAAACUGUUCAUUUUCUUUAACAAACCUUUAUUUUUCCACUUUUGUGGGGCAUUUUCCAAUACCUUUUUGAAGGUUGACGAUCAAGGAAAGUGUAAUUUUAACAACUCAACAAGGAACUGGUUAUUCUUACUAUAGUAAAGAAUAUCAAGUGUUCUGUUAUUUAAAUCCAUGACUUGACUUGAAACAAAAAGUUGCUCAUACAAUUGAUAGCUUGUAUUGUCUUAUUAAAUAUUUUUACAAAUACCUAUGAUGCAUAUGUAAAUUCCGAAAUAUGGUAGCACAGAAAUUUGUUAACUAAAGGAUAAGUCAGCAAAAGUAUUCUUUAUAUAAAAUCUUGAAAUUGUUAUGUAUAUUGGUUUACAUAUUAAGAAAGAAAACAUAAUCCAAUAUCGGUAUGAGUGCUAGUAGAUGUUUAGUUCAUAAGUAUGGUCAACUUCCUCAUCCAUGAAUGAUUAUUAUUAUUCCCAUACUCAAUUUGAAAAUUAUUUUUAUAAUUAUUAAUGUCUCUUCUUGGAAACAUCGUUUAGUAGCAAUCUCAUGACUAUCCUGUAAAACUUGCUACUUAUAGUGUUUUGUGCAAAGACAGCUCUUAAUUAUACACUAUUGUUUUUUUUAUAAGGCAUGAUUUCACAGGAUUUGAAGUUUUUUUUCAAAGUAAAUACUAAUCAUUUUUUUUUUAUUAAGUUUUAUCUUAAUCAUCCCCGUUUUUGGAUUACUAUACCACUUAAAGUAAAAUUUAAAUGCAGGAGUUUUGGGUGUUAGAUAUUGAAUUCACUGGUUUUGGUAAACUUUGGUUUGAACAUUAAUCCAGUUAUCAUUUAAUUGUUAGUGUUUAGUUGAAAGAUUUUGUAGAUUGAAGUACGUACUUUAUAUAAAUAUGCCCAUGAACUUUUUUAUUGCACUGUUACAGAAUAUGUGUAGACAUCCUUCUCAGUGAGUGUUUACAAGGUACAUCAGAUGUAAGGUCUGAACAGAGAACUUGAAAAUAUUGUAUAAUGUUCUGUAAUUAAUGUAUUUGUUCCCUUUCAUUUAGGAUGCAGAAUACAUUGUACAACUGGUAGUCUUAAGUACUAUAUUCUGUGCUUGCUAAAAAUAGAUUUUAAAAAUCUUCAGUGACUAAUUGCGAUGCAUAGCUUGAAUUUAACAGGAUAUAGUAUAUGCUUUCAUAAGCUGUUUGUUCUUAUAAAGGUUAUUUUUCUUUUCUUGUGAUCCUGUUUGCAAUUAUGUAUGAAAAUCAAUUUUUUUAUUUUGUUAACAUUUUUGGUAGCUGGAGUUUUAUGAAAAGUAGCAUAACACAGUAUGCACAGCACAUUCUAUGAUGGCAUUUACCUUGUCGUAUGGUUUCCAUUGUAAUUUUAUGGCUCACUGAUGAAAAACAAAUUAUGUACAGUACAAGGUUUGGAGUGAGGUAAGUAUGUAGUUUCUUGAACAUAAAAGUUUGAUACUUGUGUCAGUCACAACAUUGGUUCCUGUUUCUAAAUCUUUGUUUGAUAAUGUGUUCAGAGGGUAGAUUAUCGCUUAUGCAUUUUGCAGUAUGGUUUAUUCAGAUACGGCAUACCAAUAUAUAAUUAGUGUAAGUGGUCUAUAUGGAAUUUUCACUUUUAUUGUUCAAAAGUUGCAUUGUUUUAGUUUGUAUUGCAUUGUACCAGAAUUUGGUAAAAUACAAGUGCGAUUAGAAUUUAUGCUGAAAAUGUUUCACAAGCAUAUUAGUCUCUUUUAUUACUGUAUUCAAGUACAUUUUCAACAAAAUAAUUUUCCUGUAGUAUACAAGAAUGUGUUUAAGUAUAUACUAAAUGACUAACUUCAACCCAGUAUAAGAGACAUAAGUUUAGUAGCUCACAUAUGAAUGUUGUUUCCAGAAUUGAUAAGAGCCUUUUUGUCAGUGUUUAUAUAUUUUUGGGGUAGGCCAUGUCCUCUUGAGUACAAAAUAUUCAUCAGUGUGCUGAUAUAAUGAUGGGUAAUGUAAUACCAGCUAUAUUUUCACAAGUCCAUUGCAGUUGUCAUUAUGUUCGAAACAGUUCUGCCAUAUGCUUUUUCAUUUUCUGCAUGAUGAAUCACUCUGUACCACAGUAGUUCUUUAUUGCUCUCUUUAGCAGUUAGAUAGUUAGCUAAUUUUAUGAAAGAUGAUAUCGGAGAUCUUUUAAGUUGUUUCCAGUCUCGAUAUUCAGGUACAGCAUAUAUUUCUGAGACAUUUCAAGAUUUUGCUAUGCAGGUGCAUUUGAAAGCGCAAUGACCUUAACAAUUGAAUAUUCACUUGGAGUUUUGAGUCUUAUCUUAGAGUUCCUCAACCCUUGGAUACUUCGUGACCUAUUAGAAACUUUUACUUUUAUGAAAGAUUACCUUUUAUGAUUUUUUUUAUUUAGGGCAAUACGUAUAUCAUUUGCAUUGUUUAGGUAAUUAAAUUUUUUUACUUUUAUAGUAAGUAGUACCAACUUGCAUAAAAGUUGGAUGCAUAGUACAGUAUUAUGUAUUGCAGUUGACCUGAAUGCAUUUUUGUGGGUGAAAAAUAUUUGUCCACCAUUUGACACAAUGUGAGGGAAAGUUUAUUAAUCAUCUUGAGUGCUUUGAAAUUGGACAGAAAAGUUAGUAAGGACUACAUACGUACAGUGGUACCUCGACAUACGAAAUUAAUCCGUUCCGAGGCGGCCUUCGUAUCAUGAGCUUUUCGUAUCUUGAACCGCAUUUUGCAUUUUACAUGUAAAAUGCCUAAUUCAUUCUAAGCCCUACAAAAACACCCCACUAAAUUAUAUUUCCAGGCUUACAACACAUGUUCUAGGGUUACGAUGCCGAUCCGACGGAAGAAAUAUGACUCCAAAAAGGCAAAAUACUGUACAUACUUGAGUAAUAUUCAACUGCAUGUAAUGUUCAACCCCAUUUGUACUGCAUAUAUUAGGACUUUAGCAUAUGUCCCUCAGCAAUAAGCCUAGCCUAUGUUAGCAGUUGCUACUGUAGCCUAGUCUAUGAUUCUGACAUCUACGUAAACCUAAGAAGCUAAAAGCUUAGAAUAUGCCAAUAAAAUGUAUAAAUAAUCAGUAUGUAUUCAUUUCAAAUAAUUAUUAAUUAAUCAUUAACUAUAAUACACAAACAAAUGAAAAAAUACCUUGAAACCUUUUGUUUACAUUCAGUACUUACGAGUACCAAACGAUCUCCAAGCAGUCACUUUUCCUAGCACACAGUAAACCAUAAAUUUUCAUUAUCUCUCUUCAACUAAUGAAACUACCAAACAGUAUAAUAACCAUUCAUUUCUAUUCUUUAUUCUAUCUUUACCUAGUGUUUUUUUUUUAUUAAAUGUAUUGCAUGAAUAAGUUUUUCAAUUUACAGCAUCCUUUUACCAAUAGAAUACAUAGACCACAAGGGGUAGAUGCUGACCAAUGGAGAGCAGGAUCUUACGGGGUGACUAGCAUCAGGAACCAAUGGGAGAGCGGGAGGAUGGUGGCGAGUUUACUCAGUUGGCGGCGCGCGAGUUUUAAAAUUGUUCUCGGUGGUCCGGGUGAAUCUCGGGACUUUACAGCAACAACCUUUCGUAACUUGAACUAUUUUCGUAUGUAGAGCCAAAAAAAUCUUCGUAUUUGCUUUCGUAUCUCGAGUUUUUCUAAGUUGAGCCUUUCGUAUGUCAAGGUACCACUGUAUUAUGAUUUGAAAGGAAAAUCUUUCAGGUGAUAAGAUGUACAAGGUUUAUUAGGUUGUUAGCUAUAUUUGCUUCAUCACAUGUUUCCGAAUGUAUGAUGACCUUUUACAUCUACAGCUUUGUAAGUAUGUUAUUUGCAGUGUAAUGAAAAAAAUUCUGCUUUGAGAAAAAAUUCUAUAGUUGUAGGGCUUAGCCUACAUGUAUUAUGAUGUUUUGUGUUGAAACUUAGCUGAAGGUAUUUUUUUUUAACUGGAUUUUUCCAGUACCUUAAAAUUUAAUCUGUGAUGCUCAUGGGUGUCCAGUAAGUAUUUUAUGUACAUUUAUCUUAACCCUUAAUGGACGGAUUGCUCCUCGGGAGUAGUAAUAACAGGUUUGGGGUGGUGGACGGAUUGAUCCUGUAGAUAAACAAUAUUAAGCACCAUAAAUUUGGAAAGAAUCAGGCUGGAAAGAGGUGCCACUACUUCUGCAGCCCAAAUUCACUAACGACAACUUAUACACUGGCUAAAACCACAAUCGGGCAUCUCAGGACUUCAGUUCUGCUUGUAACUUCAAGGGGGAAUGUAGUAUUACAUCUUUAUCUCACAUGACAUCUUUUUGUAAAUUUGCUCAUAAAUAUAUCAAGGGGUUGCUGUUGGUUUUUGUUCUUGUCUUUUACGAUAGUAUGUCAGUUGUAAAUGUAAUUUUGCAAAGAAAUACUAGAAAAAACAUGUAAAAAUAAGAAAAGUUACUGAAUCUUUGUUCUCGGUAAAUUUACUUAAAUAUUUUACAACAAAUAUGCUAAGAAUUUGUUACUGAUUUUUUUUCCUAUCUGUUUUGAUAUUGUGUGAGCUGUUAUUAUAAUUUUACAAAAUAAAAUCAAAUUAUUAAUUAGAAAAAACAUAUAUAAGUUGUCUUGUAAAAGAGGGACCCUCAGGGGGUUGUAAAUAGUCAUUUUCAACUUCUCAUGAAAGGUAGGGAAAAUUUUUCAGAUUUUUUUUUCUUUCACCAUUUGCAUUUGCUUAUCUUCCUCUUUCCAUUGAUGUGGUUUUUUUUUUGUAAAUUGGCCAACCUCAAAGUUUACCUGGCCUCAGGAGCCGCAUAUCGAUAUAUUUAUCCGUCCAGUAAGGAUUAACAAGGUUUAUUCUUGGGACUAAGGUGCAUAUUGUAAAGGAAUUUUUACUGUAAUUGUAAAUUUGUUUAUUUUGUUCUCAGUGUUGAUUUGAUUUUUCAGUUAACCACCUCUUAGAAGUGACUUAUAGAAAAUUGUUUUCUCCCUAGUUAGAAAUCUUUCAUAUAUGGCAGUAUGUCAGAAUGUCCAUGAUUUUCAAUUAACCCAAUCACAAAACUUUUAGACCUUUGUGAUAAAUAAAAUCUAAACAUUAUUAUUAAUAAAGACAGAUCCAUCAGGCUAUAUCUGUGAGAGCUAAAUGAGUUAGCUCGGUGGUCUGGUAAAACUACUAAACAUUGUACUUCCAUUCAUCCACACACAAGGUAGAUGGCAGAAAUUGUUUUGAAGGUGUUCUUUGUCAGUGAAUUAUGGACUCCCCAUUCAGAAAUAUUUUCAAGGUGCAAGAUGAAAAAAAAAAAAAAAAGAGGAAUUUGUAAUCCAUUGCGUGCAGUGACAGAGAGAGAUUAAGGCAAAGGUAAAAGUUUUAUAGGGUGACAUAAUGACACAAGCAAGUAUAAAAGAGAAGUGAGAUUUUAGGUCUUAGAUAAAGAGGUGAAAAGUAAGUGGAAUUAAUACUUUCUAGAACAGAUCUUUAUUCCUUAGUAACAACAGAUAGUACAUAUAAAGCAUUUGAUAAAAACAAAGAUUGUCCCUACAUGUUUACAAACCUUCAUUUUUUACAUAUGGGAUUUACAAUGCAAGCUGGAGCCAGCCGUUUAACUAAAAAUUUGGUUAUUGUUAGUUGGCUACCAAUGGUUGGGAGAAAGUCCUGCUAUCCAGUUGGUAUGCAUUCACUUUUCCUAUUGGCCGCAGUAGGAGACAGACAUGUCUCUUCUUUUGCCUGCCAUUCAACUUAAUUCCUCUUAAUUGUUUUUGUUUUUGAGUAUAAUUGUUUUGAGAUGUUUAGGGAAAUACUGCAAUCUUACAACAUGUUCUACUCUGUUUACAUAUUGUAUUACUUGCUCUUUCUUCCUGCCUACAUAGUUGUUCCUACGCAGUUAUGCUGUGUAGUUGUUAUCAACUCGCUUUAGCUCAUAUGAGCCUUUCUCUCUGACUUGUUUUACCUUGAUAUAAUGCAAACCCAACUCUUGUCUUAGCCUUGGUGUUUGUAAUUUUUUCUGUUAUAUCUUCUAUCAUGCAUUCAAGGGAGAAGGACUCCCUUUCUCCUCCAAUUAUUUCUAUUUUUAGAUGCCUUCUCAACCUUGUUUUAUCUAAUAUCCUUGUUGUAAAGACCUCAGGUUUGUAUGUUAGGAAAAAUACAUAUACGUAUGUACACUAUUACUUUAAAAAAUUGUCAUUUUGUGAGUAGGAAAUGUUUUGGAAGAUAAUCUGUUAGAGCUAUAUGCUUGACUGCCUAGGACUACUGAAUUAUAUCCAGAUAGAAAAUUACAGUCCAAGGCAGUAGAAUAGCCAUUACAGACUGAGAUAUACAGUGGUCCUCCCAUAUUCGCGUGGGUUGCGUACUCCAAAUGAAUAAUAAGGCCAACAUGAAGUUAAGUAAAUGUAAUGAAGAAAUUCAUGCUUUCUGCACAACACACAAUUUUUUAGUGGCAGACUCAUCAAUAUGAAAUACAAAGAGUUUUCUGAAGAACUAUGAAGUAAGUAACCUAAGCACUCUAAAUUUGAUGCAAGUGAGAGGAUCUGUUAGAUUUUUGUAGAAGUAUUGGUAGUAUGUGAGAGAGACAGAAAGUUUUAAACUGUGUUUGGGAGUUUUUGUAUCUAACUUAAGUUGCAGUAUCUAUGUAGCAAUAAGAGGACAAGAUCAUGUUGAAUCAUCAGCAAGGCAUUGAUAUGGAGGCCAUUGAUACAGAAGGCAACAGUAGGUGAAAGAACAGAACUAUAUGGAACACAACCAAGAAUAGGGAAGAAAGCAAGGUUUUCAUAUUCACUCACAGGAUUUGGUACUUGGGGCUGUAUUUUGAGGACUUUUCAGCAUAAAUAGGUGCUUGGAGGAUAUGCAACACUUAGUAUUUGCUACUGUAUAUGUGUUGGUAAAAGGAAAAGGUCCUACAUUGAGUGGGAUUUUGUCCUCUUUAUGUACAGCCUGUAGUACUUCCCAUUCUCAGGCUGUGUUGAAAGCAUGAGUCUUUUCUCAUUUUUACUUUUCAUAAAAACCAUAUCCGGUGCUGUGAUCGGUAUGGUCAUGACCUACCACCUUGGUGACCACGAGUUCAGUUCUCAGGCAUUCCACUGAGGUGUUAGAGAUGUGUAUUUCUGGUGAUAGAAGUUCACUCUCGACGUGGUUCAGAAGUCAUGUAAAGACGUUGGUCACAUUUCUGAAUGACCACUUGUUCCAUGCAACAUAAAAACACCAUACAAACAAAAACAUAUCCAGAAGUAGUACACAUGUGAACAUGUAAAAAUUUAUCGAUUACAUAAUGUGGUGUAUGCAGACAGCCCUGAAAAGAUGGGGUGAUUCACUUUUCAUUAUCUGGCAUUGCAUCCCUUUUAAAACAGGUAUCUGUAACUAUAAAAAGUAGGUCAUAUUCAUUCUGGAAAUAAAUGUAUGGUGAUUCCUGAAGCACUAUUACAGAUUAUGGUUAGGGUAGGAACAUUACAUUUGUCAGGGAAUUCUGAAGACAUUUUUACCUGGUAAAGAUAGCACUGCUUAUUUGUGAUUAGGUAUGGUAAAACAAAUUCAGAAAUUUAGAAAUAAUGUUUAAUUACAAAUUUUAAUAUAUUAACACCACUAUGAAUUAUGAAAUUAAAGAUAGAUUAUUGAAAUAAGGAACUAAACAAAUAACGAACAACAAAAAUAUUGAGUAACUUAUCUGUCUGACACCCUUUUUAAUAUCAAUUACGAAAAUAAAUCACCAAAUGUCUUGUUACAAAUAAAUACCUCGGCAAUUGCUCAAGAAAAAUAAACCUUACAACACAGUACAUAACACAAGUCACUGUUCAUGGGUCUCUAUGACAUUUAUCAUACGCUAGAUAAUACACCAAUUUGAAUUUCGGAUUCAGAGUCACUUAUAUAACGUAUGCUUCAAUGUAACAACGGGAACCUGUGAUAAUAGUUCAAGUAUUUUCAAAAAGUGCAGUAAUUGCUCCGAGAUUGUUUAAGGUCAUGCACUGUUUCCCCAAGGGUCGAGGAUUACCCUAGCUGAAAACAAAAGGAAAAAACUUACUUUGUGAAAUUUAACUACUCUUAUGAUUAACACUACACUUAUUUUAAUAACUUAAUUCAUAAAGAAUUUUAAUUAAAUACGCACUUAUAGACAAUUUCAAAUACAUUUUUAAAGAUUUAAAAAUUUGGAAGAUAAACACAUUUCACAAAAAACUGAUAUAACAAUAUUCCGUAUAAACACAGGCAGUUAAUCAACUUACUGCACGGCUAGGUGAUUAUAACGUGACUAAAGAAAACACAAAAUUUAUUUUUCCAAGUCUAUUAUGGAACGGAAAAAUACAAGGACAAAAUCGUUAACAGAAACUUUGCAAAUACUGUAACUCCAAAUCCAGUCAAUAGAUGGUGUUACUAACAUUAUGGAAUUCCCUGACAACAUUCUCUUUGAAGGAAACAAAGCUUUAUAGCUGUAAUAUUCUUAACAGUUUCAUCAAUAUUUUGUUUUUGAUAUAAAAUGAUGGAAUUAAAAGUAGAAAAGCAAACACAUUAACAAUAAAACUGAAACUAGUAUUACAAUGCUACAGUGCAUCAAUAUAUAAAAAAGAAUUUUCAAGCCAGUCAUCAGCAUUUAAAUCUUGUUAUAAAAGCAAAUCUUUAGGGCCACUUAUGGGAUAGUGCUAAGAAUUUUGACUCUGUUGUCUGGUUAUUCUACCUUAUGUUCAUUUAUUUUUAUUGUAAGUUGGCUACAACUUAAUAUCUCAGUUUUGUUUUUGUACAUGUUCCUAUUGCAACUUUGUAUGGAGCCUGUUUAAAUGACCAUAGAUGCAUCCUUUGCUUGUAGAUUUGCUUAUUACUCAAGUGAAGGGGUUUCCAAACUUCAGUUCUUGGGCCACAUAUAGCUUGCCAUGUGGUUUCAUCUGGCCCAUAACAACUUGAAAUAUUUAAAAAUUAUAAAACAAAUUUCCAUUGGGUAUUUUCUUAAAAAUGCUUUUGGAUCAUUCCAGUUAAAUGUGGAAAACUUUGCAAUUCGUUGCUCAAGACUGAAUUGUCUUGAAAACUGCAGACUGUUAUAGGUACCUUUUUUUCAACCUUUACUAGUGAUUCAGGUUCAUUUUGACAUUGCUUUGUUUUUCUGAUUUUUGGGGGUUCAUUUUCAUUUUUGUAUUUUGUACAGAAUUUGGAAAAUUCAAAUUUGAGGUAAACAAAUAUGUAACAGAUUUCAGUAAAGAAUAUAAAUUACCAAAAAUAAAUUCAUCUCUUGUGAUUGUUAUGUCGGCAUUGUGUAGUGUUUGGUAUAUUCACUCUUAUAUGACGAUUUCUCGAUGCAAACACAUCGUUUCAUUAUAAUUGUCAAAUUUUUCUUGUGUUCUAAAUUGUGUGAUUCAUAAUUAGUUGUGUGCUUAAUUAUCAAUUAACAUAGAUUUUAUCCAUUAAUUUAAAAAUUGGCUUUUUCCUUGCUCCUCAAAAAUUUGUAAAAUACAGUACACAACGUGGCUCUCAUACUGAAAACUUUGGAGACCACUGCUCUAAGUAUAACUGACUAAAGGCUUGUAAAUUUCUCUAACAGGAAGGAAGGGAUUUUGUGAAAGGAAUAAAUGCUUCGAUUUGUGUUAAUAAUAUUUUCAUUAUGAUUUAAAUAAAGAAUUAUGUAAUCCAUAAUUACCACUACCUCAGCUUUAAAAUUUUCAAUUAGACCAAAGCAAAUUCCAGCACUGCAUUUUUUGCUGUACAGUCUUCUGCAGUCAGACGUUUAUGAAAAACACCUCGGGCAAAUAAUUUAUUACUGUCUUUUCUCGCCCUUUUUUUGUGCCAUAGAUUAUUUAAAUAGAAUGGCAGUAACCAUUAUUGAAAAAGUUAGAAAAUAAAUUUUUACAUUAUUGUUAAAUGAAAUCUUAACAUACUUUUAAUUGAAGUCUUUAACACUUCAUACAUUUUUCUGAAUUUGGAAAAAUUAUUUUCGAAUUCAGAAAGGUGAUUGAUAAUAAAAUAUUUUUAAAGGAUUUGUUUAGGUAUCUCGAUUUUAGGAUCAACCAGCAAACCUAUGAUUUCUCAUUGAAGUACUACAGCAUUUUUGUUACUUGACAUUGUGUUUUUUUUUAUUAAAGCUUAAUAGAAAAAUGCUAAAAUUACUUAACUAAUUUGUACUGCUUGGCAAGGUUGAGUGAAGUAUUAAAAGUAAAAUACUGCAUAUAAUGAAUUAAGGUGCUAAUUUGAAUUUUGCUUUUAAGAAAACUUAGUUAAAGGUAAAGUUGGAGUUAAAACACUGAUUUUCAAAUAAGAUGCUAUGAAGGGAUCUGUAUUUUGUAUGGUACCCAGAAAAAUAAUGCAGUAUGUGCUGUGUUGUGUUGUGAAUUAGGUAUCUGUUUUUAAAAAGUUUUAUUUUAUUUAGUUUGUAAUAUGGAAGUUAUUUUUGUAAUUAGAUGUAAAUAUGGAUUUUGCAGUGAAUCGUGUUAAUGUAUUGGCAGUAAUUUAUGCUGCAUUCAAAACUAUGUAGUAAUUAAUUAAGAUUUUGUAUGCAUAUUGUGUUGAAUUAUUUAAAUAAAUGACUGUUUUACAAAGUUUUUGGUAUUUUAUCUAUUGCAACCCUGUCAUUAUUUUUACACAAAUGACAUGAACACCUUUGAUAAUUCAUGAUUUAUUAUAAUUCAGCUGUAUCUUGUCCUCAUCAUCAGGAGUUGCACUUCCUUGUUGAAGAACACGUGACAAAAUGGUAAAAUUGUACUAUUUUAAUAUUAAAACAUUGUAUAGAA